CUCAAUUUUGGCGACUAUUGUCCUGUCCACCUUUGAAUCUAAUAUCAGAAUUCCUCUACUUUUUCUUCAUAUCAGCAACUUAGUUCUUCUUUAUCCAUAUUUAUAAAUAAAGGGCUUCCUCAGUUGUUAAAAAACCAUAGAAACAAGCCAUAUUCCUCCAUUUGACAUUGCUCUCUCUCAUCUAGCCUAUCCUCCAGGAAACUUCGCUUAAGCACAUAACUCCAUAUCAUAUUAAUCAGUCAUGCAAUCAUCAGGGCAGCCUCAUGAUGAAGCUCCUUGGUCCGUCGGAUUCUGUGAUUGCUUCUCCGACAUGAAAACUUGUUGUAUUGCAUGUUGGUGUCCAUGCAUCACUUUUGGCCAGAUUGCUGAGAUUGUUGACAAAGGGUCAACUUCUUGUGGGGCAAGUGGGGCGCUAUACACAUUAAUAAUGUUUAUCACUGGGCUUCCAUGCUUCUAUUCCUGCUUUUACCGAUCCAAACUGAGAAAGCAGUAUAAGUUGAAGGGCGGCGGUUGUGGCGAUUGCAUGCUUCAUUUUUGCUGCGAGACUUGUGCCUUGACUCAAGAGUAUCGUGAGCUCCAGAACCGUGGAUUCGACAUGUCUAUCGGAUGGCAUGCAAACGUGGAGAAGAACCAAGGCCUGGCGAUGGCUCCAGCGGUGGAGAAGGGGAUGAGCAAAUAGAUGAUGGAUUGCUAUUUUAAUACCAUCCUUUUUAAUUCAGUUAAUUAAUUUAUUUGUUCUCAUCAUUGUGUUUAUCUCCAUAAUUUACAUUAUUUAUGUUUCUUAAACUUAAUUUCAUUUUCCUUUCAUAAUUGGGUUAUCUUGUAAUUCUAGUUUGAAUUAUGAAGAUGUAUGACUGUGGUUGUAAAGAAAAAAAAAUGUAAUGGAGUUUAUAUUAGUAUGCAAUAA